UUGUGACAGUGACAAACGUAUUUUAAUAUCUCGUGGGCUCUGAAUAAUGAUGUGUUCUUAUAAUAUCAUAAAUUUAUCAAAAUGAGCAAAGAAGCAAAAAGAAAAAACAAAGAUAAAGGUAUAACAGAGGAACAAAAUGAAACGGAAGGUAAAACUGAAACUGGAGAAGGGAAGUCUGAUGAUGCAACGGAACCAAAUAAAAUCUGCACAAGAGCGAGCAAUAACAAAGGUUGCCGUUUUACUUGGCGCACGAAAAUAACAUAUUAUAUUUCCUUUAAGUGUGAACGUAGUUACUCAAUCAUAAUAAUUCGAUGGUUGCUAAAGAAAUAUUGGAACAUGAAAUACCGAGUCCAUCAAGUAAAUAACUGCCCGCUACUACCAAUAUCGGUGUACCGUUCGGAAAUCAUUAUUGAAAAGCUCGCUUUCAAUAUAAAAAAUACGGAAAUAGAUGAACACUUCACGAGAUUGAGUUUAAGAGAGUUGGGUGUAUGCGGACCAAAUAACAAAAUAACAUUUUAUUUAAUGUAGAAACGUAUUUCAAUGUUCAUCCCUGAGGUUUUGGGAUAAAAUUCCUCAUUAUUACGUGAUGUAGGGUUCUUGGACAGGUUAUUCACUUCUAAUCAUUUUCUAAAGUUGAAUUAUCGACAAUUCCAUAAUUUUAUUAUUCAAGAAUAUUGUUGAAGGACUCAUAUAGUAAUAAAUAUUUUAAGGCCUACACUACACGAAACGGCAUGAGUACCUUAUUCAAGAGUUAAAACGAUUUCAUUGCUUCUAAUCGAAGUAAAAACUAACAUAUAUUACUAUCAUCAUUAUUACGAAUAAGUACUAAUAGUAAGGACAGUGUAAACUGAACCGUGAACUAAACAUUCAUACUAUUUUCAACCCUCAUUUGAAUUUCGCAAGGUCGACAAUGUAUCAUUAACUGUAGAAAAAUGCACGAGCAUGCUAACAGUUUCCUAAAAAUUCCGUGCUAACGUAAAAUAAAAAAAAUAAUAAUAUUCAUCAGGC